AUGAUCCCCUCCUCCAUGCGUCGGGUCGUCACCGGGGCGCCGCAGACGUCGACUGCCCUGCUCUCAAACCUCAACCCAGUAGCCGCCCGCGCAUCGCCCGCUGUCGCUUUCGCCUACAACCCCAGGUGUCAGCAGCGAAGACGAUACUCGUCGUCGAAACCUUCGAGCCCCAACGACUCGCCCAAAAACGUCCCGGACGGCCAGGUCACAACCACCCCGAGCACGACAAAACGUGGCGGCCGUCGCAAGGCCAAGGAGAGCCUCCUCGCACAGCAAGCAAACCUGCCUAGCGUGCCUAGCACUCACCAUGUGCCCCAUGAAGCCCUCGCCCUCUCCACAUUCUUCUCCCUCCACAGGCCGAUGUCGGUGACACAUAGCUUCCCGAAGACGGUCAGCGAUGAUGCCUUUGCUCAGAUCUUCGCCACACGGCAAAAGGCCGACUACAACGACGUUGUAUCGACACUGUCAAAGACCGUUGACGACCUGCAACAGCCGAUGGAGGCCAUGAGCCUCGGUGGUCAGCAAGAAGCGGACGGCAUGGUGGACAACACAAACGACGGCAUGCACAAGAUCGAUAUCCGCAACGCCGACGGCUCAGAGUCGAGUGUCUACGUCCAGCUCAACACCAUGUCCGGCCAAUAUCUGCCCUUCCGCCCACCUCCUCUUCCUCAACCGCGCUCCGAGUCCAACACCGCGGCUGCCAACGAGGCUGCCGCCUCGUCAGAGAUGACAGAGGAGACAGCCGAGCACCGUGUCUACAAGGCCAUCUUCACUCUCGAGGAGACUCGGGAGCACAACGGCGAGAUCAAGAUUGUUGCCCACAGCCCGCAGAUCCUCGAGGAUGCCGCGCCCCGCACAUUCCUCGAGCGCAUGGCUCUGCGCCAAGUGCGCCGUCACCUCGCCAGGGAUGACAGCUCGACCAUGCACGCCAUCAGCGUCAAGAGACAGCGCAAGCUGAAGAUGAAGAAGAUGAAGUACAAGAGACUCAUGAAGAAGACUCGCAACCUGCGCCGCAAGCUGGACCGUGUCUAA